AUGAUUUGGCCAGCCGAUCCUUCCAAUACACUUUCCAACUCAGAAGGGCUCAAGAACCAAGAGUUGCUUGGAACUGAAUGGAGACAGGAUGCCCGAGGUCUCCAACAAGCCAUGUCCCACCUUCACCAGUCUGGUUGGUACUGGGGCCCAGUGACGGCUGCUGAGGCCAGCCAGGUGUUGAGUAACACCCCGGAGGGUACCUUUCUCUUGAGGGAUAGUUAUUACAAGGACUAUGUCCUUACUCUGUCUAUGAAGACUAAUCUCGGCCCCAUACAUCUCAGAAUAGAGUACUGUAAUGGCCAGUUUGGUUUUGACACCGUGAUGAAGACACAUCUACAAGAGUUUGGGGGGGCGGUGGACCUUGUUCAGCAUUAUGCACUGAAUUAUAGGCAUUCAUCCAAAUGUAAGCAAGAGCCCAUCACAGGAAGGGAUUCACCAGGCAGCAGCACAGCAGUUUCGGAGCACUGCCUGCAAAUGAAGCUUACCCGUCCUCUCUACAAAGUCUCCCCCAGUCUGCAGCACCUGUGCCGAAUGACAAUCAACCGGCAUUUUUGCAAUCACUACAACUUGCCCUUGCCUGAGAGGCUAAAAGACUUCUUGAUGGAGUAUCCAUUUGUGCUGUGA